AUGCUGCCGCCAUCCCGCGACCACCAUUACCUCGCACCAACCACAGUGACACCGACGACCGCAAUCGUACCGACCUUCUCCCUGCCACCCGAGGCCCAGCAGCUACAGUCGCCCAGUUCGGCCACCCUCGAAGAUGUCCUUGCCUCGUUGCUCGGACUGCCGGCCGAAUCACACAGGUCCUCAGUUUCCAGUAACCACACACUUCAGAUCGAACAAGUUCAAAUCAGGCGGCGCAGCGAGGGAGAUGCCGGUAAGAGACGCAACGAGCCCAGUUCCGCCGGAUCCGGUGCGGUCAGCAGCAGUGGCACCACCAGCGGCAAGGACGCUGCACACAGCCGGCGAGUUUCGCUGGAUUCGUGCGAGACAACGCACAAAAGCCACGGGGGGGAGUUGCUGAAGUGUCGCUAUCCGAAAUGCGACGCGACGGCGACGAUCGCCGAAGCGAAAAAGUCCUACAAAAGCUGCCACAACUGUUCGCACCUGUACUGCUCGCGGGACUGUCGGAGGGCUCACUGGGAAAAGCAUCGAAAAGCAUGUUUGCACUCGCGAAUCUCCGCUCUCUGUAGACUGGUGUUGUCCACGUGCAAAGACGAUGCGGACACUCUGCGGCACCUGAGUGUGCUAGCGAGGCGCGGCUAUUUAUCGCAAGGACGAGGUGUUGUUAGAAUACUGUUUCGUAGUCCGGAGAAUGCGGACUCGUUCAUUAAACAGGGUUUUCAGUGUUUGGGUGAAGUGGCGUACGUGCGCUGGCCCGACUUACUUCCUUCGGAGAUGGGCCCGGAACUGUACUCGGAGCUGCUCAAACUGAGCACCGAGUACAAACCCGAUUCCAAGAUGCUGAUCUACGUUGCGAUUUGCGUCGUUUCGGAGGCUCCGGGUAAUGCUACGGCCCCAGUCAAAUGGGAACGCCAGCUAGUGUCGCGCUGUGCUAAGCUCAAACUUUGCCGGUCGGUCAUCAACGAAAUCAAUAAUUCACCCAUCGACAGGCAGAUUCCGAAGAAGGACAAUGCAACCGAUGUGCUGAUCCUUUCGUUCAAUAUAAUGUCUAAAACUACGCAAAAAAGUCGCGAGCAAGUUUCGUUCAACAUCCAGCACGUCCUGCGCCAGCGAGGCGUCGUUCUGCGUAAGCAUUAUCCCGAAGUCUUCCUGCGGCUGUCCACGUUCGUCGAGGGUACAACCGAUCGGUUCCUGCCGGUGACGAUGCACCCGCGGGACAGCGUCACCGGGCGGACGUUCGUUUGCAUCCUGAUGCCCAACUACGGCGACUCCGAUCGGUUGCAGUUUCCCAUCUCGGAGAACAGUGACGACGAGCGGGUCGUCACGAUGGAUGUCGGUUCCGAGCUGGGCUUCAGCGGGGAUCCCAUGGACGCGAGCGGAGCUGCCCAGUAA